UUUACUCUGUCAAGCAUUGGACAGUAAGAAUAUCCAAUUCCAAUCCGUCCAUAAUAACUACGGAAAAAUCUAAAAUGGUGGUGAGUGCGUCCCGCAAUACCCAACCAUUUGAAUCCAGAUGUAGCAAUAUCAAUAUCCGAAGUGGACACUCAUGAAGCUUUUCUCUUCUACUGUUAAAGCCUUUGCUUUUGCCUAAGCCUAAAACUUUCGGUGCUUAGCUUAAUUUUCUUGCUUUACGAACUAACUAAGCUAAAGCUAAGCUACUGAAUGGCGUUUCCUUCCCUUUCGCCAGUAAGUGGAUGCCUGCGUGUCUCUCCUUUCGUCGAAGUACAAUGACCCACUUCUGUCUACUCCUCACCUUUUCUAGCCCCCUAAUUUUUCUUCCUUUUUAUUUAAAUUAACGAAUGAAGAACUCAUUUUUACUAUCAUUGUCGUUGGAAAAAGUCAUAGUCUUGUUGCAGAAAAAAUGGCCUUCACUUCUUGCCUUUCUCAUCCUCAAAUCUCACUCAAGCAGCCUAUAGGAACUUGGCGUAAUGUUGGUGUCCAACAAAGAUUAACUUCUUUCACAAGUGUGAACACUGAACUUUUUGGUCAACAAGUUUCAGGAAUUGGAAUUAAUUUUCGAAGAGAGUGGAGUUUCGCAAGAGGAUCAAGAGUUGUAAUAAGGCCAGAAGUAGCAACAUUCAUUCAUCAUAAGAAAGCCUCUGGAAUACAUGCUUCAUGGUUAGCAAAUUCUCAAAUAGCUAGUAGUGUUUUUACUUUGGGAACAGUAGCUGUGCUUCCAUUCUACACUCUCAUGGUUUUUGCUCCUAAAGCUGAACUAACGAAGAAGUCAAUGGAAACUAGCAUACCAUAUGUUGUACUCGGUCUUCUGUACGCAUAUCUAUUAUAUCUCUCUUGGACACCCGAUACUCUACGGUUGAUGUUUGCCAGUAAAUACCUGCUUCCUGAGCUACCUGGCAUAGCAAAGAUGUUCACCAACGAGAUGACUUUGGCUUCUGCUUGGAUUCAUUUGUUGGGCGUGGAUCUCUUUGCCGCAAGGCAGGUUUUUCAUGAUGGACUUGAAAAUCAAAUUGAAACUCGCCAUUCUGUUUCCCUUUGCCUUCUUUUUUGUCCCAUUGGAAUUCUUACUCAUGUCAUCACCAAAGCAAUGACAAAAAGAACUUGAAGUAUUAGUCAUCUCAUGCCAACAUUGAUGUAUUCUUAAAUUAGAUUAUGAUUGCAAAUGGAUUACUAUCUCCAAGUAUUAUCAGAAUCAUACAUCUAUGUUGUUCCUCGAUCAA